CCUCAUUAUCUGCUGCGCAGGCGCAGUGCUGGGCUUACCGGUCUCGGGUUUGUGGGUACUUCUCCGUCCGUUGCGUACUGUGUGCCAGGCGUUUUUGGUGGGGCUGCUUCUCUUACGCCCGGUGUCAGACAUGGCGGAGGCGAUGGAUUUGGGCAAAGACCCCAACGGGCCUACCCAUUCCUCGACUCUGUUCGUGAGGGAGGACGGCAGCUCCAUGUCCUUCUACGUGCGGCCUAGCCCGGCCAAGCGCCGGCUGUCGACGCUCAUCCUGCACGGCGGCGGCACCGUGUGCCGGGUGCAGGAACCGGGGGCCGUGCUGCUGGCCCAGCCCGGGGAGGCGUUGGCCGAGACCUCUGGCGACUUCAUCUCCACGCAGUACAUCCUGGACUGCGUGGAGCGCAACGAGCGGCUCGAGCUGGAGGCCUAUAGGCUAGGUCCGGCCUCGGCGGCCGACCAGGACCCGGAGACAAAGCCCGGGGCUUCGGCGGAGGGCGCCGCGGAGCUCGAGCUGCAGCCGCUCUCGGGGCGGAUCGCCUUCACGAACGCGGACGACGUGGCCAUCUUGACCUACGUGAAGGAAAAUGCCCGCUCGCCCAGCUCCGUCACCGGCAACGCCUUGUGGAAGGCAAUGGAGAAAAGCUCUCUCACGCAGCACUCGUGGCAGUCCCUGCGUGACCGUUACCUCAAGCACCUGCGGGGCCAGGAGCAUAAGUACCUGUUGGGGGACGCCCCAGUGAGCCCCUCCUCCCAGAAGCUCAAGCGGAAGGCUGAGCAAGACCCCGAGGCUGCGGAUAGCGGCGGUGAGGCCUGUCGCUGCGCGGAACCACAGAAUAAGAGAACUCCAGACUUGCCUGAAGAAGAAUAUGUGAAAGAAGAGAUCAAGGAGAAUGAUGAAGCAGUGAAAAAGAUGCUUGUAGAAGCCACCCGGGAGUUUGAGGAAGUUGUGGUGGACGAGAGCCCUGAUUUUGAAAUACAUAUAACGAUGUGUGAUGAUGAUCCACCCACACCUGCGGAAGACUCAGAAACACAGCCUGAUGAGGAGGAGGAAGAAGAAGAAGAAGAAAAAGUUUCCCCACCAGAGGUGGGAGCUGCCAUUAAGAUCAUCCGGCAGUUAAUGGAAAAGUUUAACUUGGAUCUAUCAACAGUUACACAGGCCUUCCUAAAAAAUAGUGGUGAGCUGGAGGCCACUUCCUCCUUUUUAGAGUCUGGUCAGAGGGCUGAUGGAUACCCCAUUUGGUCCCGACAAGAUGAUAUAGAUUUGCAAAAAGAUGAUGAGGAUACCAGAGAUGCAUUGGUCAAAAAAUUUGGUGCUCAGAAUGUAGCUCGGAGGAUUGAAUUCCGAAAGAAAUAAUUGGUAUGAUAAUGAGAAAAGAAAGAAGGCAUGGCAGAUGAGGCGGGUUAAAAAAAAAAUUUGUGACCAUUGAACUUUAAAGAGUUCUUAUAUUAGAACUGACACUUAGCUUUUGACCAGUGUUGUUGUUGCUCUGUGAGUCCUAGAUUUUGUAGCCAAGCAGAAUUAUGUAGGAGGAUAAAUAAAAGAAAUUGGAUAUAUUUUGAGCUGUUCCUGGCAAAUAUCAGUGUGUUUGUGAAAGGAAAGUCUGUACUACAGAGUGGUUGGUCUUCUUAGUAGUAGCUCUUUGCUGGAAUGAAACUCCUGCUAUAUAUUGUUACCAGGAGCUAGAGACAAAGGAGGAAAAUUAGGAGGCCUAGUUCUUUUCAGGCAGCAUGAAUAAAGAACCUCCUAUCCUUUGGCAGAAGCUCCUCUAGAUUGUGAUAGAUUCUUAAUCUAGAAAUAUGGAAAGAUUUAAUUACAAAGCCUUGAACGUGGACUAUCCCGAUCCCUUACAUCCCCCAGUGAGCUCUGAUUUCUAGACUGCUUUGAAAAUCGUAUAUUCCCUUUGCUAACUUAAUAUUUGGAGACCCUGCUACUUGGCUGUUCUUUUCAAAUCCUUCUAAGUCAAGUCUCUAGCAUGUUUCUGUACCUACCACUCAGCUUUGUUCAAAAGACAAAAAAUUCUAGUCUUAUUCUAUUAAUAAUAAUGUGUUUUUAUUUAUUGAGCAUAAUUUUGUGAUAAGAAUUGUAUUAGAUUUAAAAGUGGAUUGAUUCCACUUUGU